AUGAUCGAGAAUAGUACGCAACAAGCUCGGCGUAAUGGAAAUGGUGAGGACAGUACUAGUAAGCCUUAUUCGGAGCCGUUUUUCUUAGGCUUUAAUAAUGCUACGCCCGGAUUGGAAGCUGAGCACUCAAGCACAUCGCCUGCCCCCGAGAACUCCGAAACACAUAAUAGGAAAAGAAACAGAAUAUCAUUUGUGUGUCAGGCUUGUAGAAAGUCAAAAACGAAGUGUGAUAGAGAAAAACCUGAAUGUGGUCGAUGCAUCAAGCAUGGGCUGAAAUGUGUUUAUGAUGUAUCGAAGCAACCGGCACCCCGAAUCCCCAGUAAAGAUGCCAUUAUAUCGAGGCUGGAAAAGGAUAUGCAUUACUGGAAAGAUAAGGCGAUGAAGCUGUUAACGGAAAGAGAGAUGAGUGAGUCGGGCAAGAGAUCGGCAAGUCCGACCCAUACGAACGCGGGGAGUCCUGGCACCAAGAAACUACACAAAAUGGAAAACCUAUACGAACCAGACGUUGAAGAGGACUCAAACACUGAUGAGAGUGAUAUCGAAAUCAACCUGUACAGGAGUCAUCCUACCAUGAUUAUGAGCAAGGUUAUGAAAAGAGAAGUUAAGCCUUUAUCCGAAAACUACAUCAUAAUACAGGACUGUUUUCUAAAAAUGUUGGUCACUUCAGUGUUCCUUGACACUUCAAAGAACACGAUGAUACCGGCACUGACGGCAAAUGCGAACAUCACGAGAGCUCAACCUAGUGUAGCAAAUAAUCUUUUGAAAUUGAAGGAAAUGCUUAUCAGACAAUGCCAAACGGAUGAUGAAAAGAACCGUGUUAAUGAAUUUACUGAUAGGAUAUUACAGAACACAAAUUCCAAUAGAAACCUGAAAAUCGGUAUGCUGCUAUCCAUGUUGUAUAACUCCGUUGGUCACCAGUAUCUGGAAGAUCAUUGCCCUCAAGGUGGCGAAUAUUCGGAUUUGUUGAAAAGUUUGAUUACUGAAUGUGAAGCCAUUCUGCCAUCCUAUGAAAUCAUCGAAUGCUACAAGAACCAUUUCUACGAAUACGUUUAUCCAAGUUUGCCGUUCGUUGAGCUGGAGAUUUUCGAAGAAUCUCUAAGUCAAACAAUUUUCCCCGAUGGAAAUGACCCUUCCAGGGUGAAAAUACGUAUGGGUAGUACACAUUUGAGAUCCAAAGUGGAAAACUUGAGUAUAUUGCUGGUCAUCCUAAAAUUAUCAUACAUGUCAAUAAGGUUUUCAGAUCAUAAAACCGCGGAUUCAAGUUUUUAUUUAUCAAAGGAAAUAAUCGACAAAUACCCAAUACCGAAUGACUUUAUUCUAUUAAGUCAAAGGUGUUUGGCGUCGGAAAACUGGUGCGCAUGUGCCAAUGAAAAUAUCAUAUCAUGUUUACUAUACAUUUGGUCAUUUUUCGCCUUUUCGCCUGAAGAGGGCGAUUUUUUUCUUGAACAUCCUACUGAUGUUAUCAGUAGUUUAAUAAUGAUGCUUUCUACCUCAAUAGGCCUUCAUAGAGAUCCUUCUGAUUUUCCCCAAUUGAUUUCACCAUCAACGUCAGACAAAAGAACAUUGAACCAUAGAAGAAUACUGUGGUUGAGUAUCGUCACAGUUUGCUCGUUUGAAGCUAGCCUCAAGGGCAGACAUUCAGUCUCACCAAUUUCAUUAAUGGCAUUAUUUUUGAAUAUUAAAGAUCCUGAUUCUUUGACAGUGUAUAUGAACAGAGUCAAAAGUGAUCUAAGCGAUCUCGAUAAUGAUAAACUGCUGAGAGUUCAUGAGUUUACAUUUAAGAGAGCCCAAAUGGCGUUGCUACUGUCAGAUUUGGAUAAUUUAACAAUGACUUACUAUGGAAGCUUUCAUUUGCAUUCAAUUGAAUUUAUAAGGGAAAAAAUUGAAAUUUUUGUGGAGGAGAACUUCCCCAUAGUGCCACUAAAAAGUGUUGCACAAGAUGAAUCAGAACUUGACGAUGCUGACGUGAUUUCAGAAAUGAACUUGUUGUCUUCAGAGAAUUCUUCUUCAUUUCACAGUCGGAUAAUGAAUAAAUUACUGAUGCUCAGAACCUCGAUGGCUAUAUUUUUACAUUUUGAAUCAUUAAUCACUAAAGAUAAGAAAAUCUUUCCAUUCUAUAAGAGGUACUUCAUGGUUAGUUGUAUGGAUGCUCUAUCACUAAUCAAUUAUUUCAAUAAGUUUUUCAAUGGAGAAUAUCGCCAUGCAAUCUCCUCCCUAACCAGUUUCAAUGUUACGAAGUUCAUUCAGUUGGCACUAUCCAGCACAAUUUUUAGCCUAUUGGGGAUCAUUCUAAGAAUAGGUUUAGCUAUCUAUAUGAUAUAUUCUGAAAUACAAAAGCUAUCAGAAACAACAGACCCAAAAAUAAAGAAAUUAAACGCCAAAGUUGAAAAAUUCAGUUCGCUACAGAGAGAUCUUGAGUCUGUUUUAGAAGGUAUAUAUUGCUCUGCUUCGGAACAUUUAAGAUUCACGUACUUCCCCGUUUUCAAGAUGUUAGCGUUAUUUGAUGUCAUUGUUCAGAGAAUGAGAAAGGGUGAAUUAUGGCAUGGUAUAUUUGCGAUGAUCCAAAUGGAGCAAUUGCAUUCAAGAAUAAUCAAGACACUGAGCAUUACCUUGGGUGUCAAACUAGACAAGAAGGAUCGACUGUUGGAGGAAUUGAUGGCAGGAAACCAUGUUGCGAAUUUCGAUAUAGAAGACAUAGAUGAGAUGAAUCAAAGUAUCAAGAAAGAAAUUCAAAUUUCUUCAGGGUUGAAGCCGCCUGUAAAUACUAUUGACAUAAUCAACGGUGAAUCGUUUGGAAAUCCCAUCAUUCCUCAGACAUGGAGUUCGUCUUUGGAUAAUUUAGAAAAAUUAUCAUCAGCUGCCCCAGUUAAUCAAAAUAUGGACUAUCAUACCGGUUUACAGCAAGGUCCCUUACCAGAUGGUUCAAAGGAACAAACGCCAAUGACCGGGAUAAAUAGCCUUAAUAAUUCAAUCAAUGCUACACCAAUGGUCGAUAAUUCAUCUGGAUCACAACUUCCGAAUGGAUUUGAUAGAGGUCAAGCAAAUAACACCCCUUUUCCAGGAUAUUUUGGCGGUUUGGAUUUAUUCGAUUAUGACUUUUUAUUUGGUAAUGAUUUCGCUUGA